AUGGGGUCGGUUAUAAAACUAUGUUAUGGAUUUGGUUGUACAUACCCUAAUGAUCCGAAUAAUUGUAUAGAUGCCACUAAAAAAGAUAUUCUUUCUAUAAAAGAGAUCUUUGAACAACUUCAAUUUUAUAUUAAAAUCCUGGAUCGGGAUGUUACAAAAAAAAACAUAAAAUCAAGUUUUGAAGAAUUUAUUUUAGGGUACUAUAAUGAAAUAAAAAACUCAUAUUUUACUGAAGAAGGGGUAAUAAUGGAUAUCGUUAUUUAUUGUACUGGACAUGGGUUUAUUGAUUCCAAUGGUUUUCAGUGUAUCCAUACAGAAGAUAGAAAAGGUGUUAUAUCAAUAAACUAUUUUGCCCAUUUAUUAUAUAAACUAAAGGAUGAAAUAAAGAGAGAUCUUAAAAAGGAUUAUCUAUAUUCAAUUAAAGUUGAUGCAGAAAAAUUGAUUUUUGAAAUUGAUAAAUACAAAAAUAAAAAUAAAAAUAAAGUGGUAGAAGAAGGAAAUUCUGUGUGUAGUUAUACCAAACUUUCAAUUAAGAAUAAAAUAAUAUAUUUAAAAGAUAUUUGUAAAAGAUUGGAAGAAAAUAAAGAAAAUUAUGGGGAUAUAGUUUUGAUGUAUAAAAACUUCCUAUUCUAUCAUAUUGGCAGCUUAGAAACAACAAUAAAAUUAUUGGAAGUGUCUUUAAAUGAAAAUAAUAGUGAAGAAAGAAGGACAGAACUUUUAGGAAAAAAAGAAAAGAAAGAAAAUAUUAAGAAACUAAUGGAGGACUCUGUGUUGGAAAUAGUAAAAAAAGAAAUAAUUUUUAAAAAUAAUAACUCAAAGGAGUUUAUUAAAAUUGUUUUUAUCGGUGAUUGCUGCAGAGUUGUAAAAAAAAAAAACACUGAAAGAAAAGAUUGGGUUCCAAACUACCCAGCAGGAGUAGCAGUUUUAACCCCAACCAAUCCAAAAGAGCAUGCCUUUUUUGAAAAUGGGAAUUCAUAUCUAACGAGAAAAUUGGUUAGUAUUAUAAAGGAGUAUCUAAAAGGUCCAAUAGAACCCCUCCUUCCUGAUAUUGUUGCUAAAUUAAAAAAUCAUGAUAAUACUUCCAAUUCAAAUCUCCACUGUCCCUUGGAGUGCAUAGGUUUUAAACUGAUAGAUUUUAACUAUAUCAAAAAAAUGGAAAAAAUUAAAGAGUUACAAAACCAACACCCUCAAACUACUCCAACAACAACCACAACCACAACAACCACAACCACAACCACAACAAUAAACAAUUCAACGAAGUAUACCAUCCCCUGCCCAAAAAAAAGUAGUAAAUAA